CGCCAUUAAAGCAAAAGGAAGAAGUAGAACAGCAAGGGGCGGAAACCCGCAGAAACGAGCCGCGACACACCUCAAACCACCGAAGAAGAAGCGCGUCACCGUGAGCAGGCUAACAGCUGUUAGCAGGAGUUAGCAGAGCUCCACCAUGAACAGAGGAGCAGCUGCACCCAGAGAGGAGGAGGAGGAGGAGGAAGGUUUCUACGACUGCCAGGAGACUCUGGAGCCUUCAGAGAGGAGAAGAGGAGAGGAGCAGACAGACAGGCUGCAGGAGGAGAAGGAGGAGCAGACAGACAAGCUGCAGGAGGAGAAGGAGGAGCAGACAGACAAGCUGCAGGAGGAGAAGGAGGAGCAGACGGACAAGCUGCAGGAGGAGGAGACAGACAGGCUACAGACAGACAGGCUGCAGGAGGAGGAGACAGACAGGCUACAGACAGACAGGCUGCAGGAGGAGCAGACAGACAGGCUGCAGGAGGAGGAGACAGACAGGCUGCAGGAGGAGCAGACAGACAGGCUGCAGGAGGAGGAGACAGACAGGCUGCAGGAGGAGCAGACAGACAGGCUGCAGGAGGAGCAGACAGACAGGCUGCAGGAGGAGGAGACAGACAGGCUGCAGGAGGAGCAGACAGACAGGCUGCAGGAGGAGCAGACAGACAGGCUGCAGGAGGAGCAGACAGACAGGCUGCAGGAGGAGCAGACAGACAGGCUGCAGACAGACAGGCUGCAGGAGGAGCAGACAGACAGGCUGCAGGAGGAGCAGACAGACAGACUGCAGGAGGAGCAGACAGACAGGCUGCAGACAGACAGGCUGCAGGAGGAGCAGACAGACAGACUGCAGGAGGAGCAGACAGACAGACUGCAGGAGGAGCAGACAGACAGGCUGCAGACAGACAGGCUGCAGGAGGAGCAGACAGACGGGCUGCAGGAGGAGGAGUUGGAGUUUGAUGAUGAGUCCCUGAGGGAGGAAGAGCAGCAGCUGACGGAGGAGCAGAGAGAGAGCCGUCGGCAGGAGAGCUUCAGUCUGAAGGAGGCCGGAAACACACACUUCAAAGCCGGAGAAUGGCAGGAGGCGCAGCGUUGCUACACCGAGGCUCUGUGUUUGUGUCCCGUCAGUUUCAGCAGAGAGAGAUCUGUGCUGUUCUCCAACAGAGCUGCUGCAAGACUGCACCUGGAUCUGAAGGAUAAGGCGAUCUCAGACUGCACCAGAGCGAUCGAUCUGAAUCCUGACUAUGUUCGGGCGCUGCUGAGGAGGGCGGAGCUUCAGGAGCAGACGGAGAAACUGGACGAGGCGUUCGAGGACUACAAAAGAGUUCUGGAGCUGGACCCCAAGCAGGGGGCCGCACGGAGCGCCUGCAUGGCGCAGCUAUCCCCCCAGGGUUUCCCACACAUAGACUUUGUCGGCGGGCCGCCCAGGUAUAUUAACGUCCGCCAAAGUAUAUUUCGCGACCCAUUUAGGUUUAAUUUUUUUGUAUCCGUCCGCAAGCACGACACCAUCUGUGAUCGAUUAACUAGUGGACAAUGAUUCCUCGCUCUGCUAUCGCGUGAAGGGUCUGCUUUAUGCGCUCCGCAGUAACCCCGCUGCGAGGCACCGGCAAACAGUUCAUGAGCGUGCUCCACCCCCCGUUCUCCCGUUCUCGGCUACAACCACAAGUAUAUUUCACAUCUGUGGGAAACACUGCACCCGCUAACAAUGGCUAACCCCAGGUGAUGCUAACAAUGGCUAACCCCAGGUGAUGCUAACAAUGGCUAACCCCAGGUGAUGCUAACAAUGGCUAACCCCAGGUGAUGCUAACAAUGGCUAACCCCAGGUGAUGCUAACAAUGGCUAACCCCAGGUGAUGCUACUGGAACGCUGUCACUCCCAGUCCAGAACCCGACCAUCUCCAUUUCCUAAAAGCAGCAUUAAGGAGUUUCUCACAGCUACAUGUCUGUCUCUGUCUGUGUCUCUGUCUGUCUGUCUGUCUGUCUGUCUGUCUGUCUCUGUCUCUCUGUCUGUCUCUCUCUCUGCCUGUUUGUCUGUCUCUCUGUCUGUCUGUCUGUCUGUCUGUCU